GUCUCUAUUGUUCAAUUCCGACAGAGCUUGUUUCACUAUCAGACACGAUCCUGUCAGCAAUCGGAAAUCUCACAUGCACCGCUGAGUCAUCUACCAACUGUAUUUAUGACAGCGCAACGUCCCAGAAACGGAUAAAUGCCACAGAGGAGAGACUUUUGCGAUUCCUGGAUUUAUUUAUCAGCGAACAAAGUAACCUAACACAGAUUGAGAUCCGCAAAGGAACUAUGGUGUUGGCUGCAGUCAGGAACACGGGCGCCAAUAUAUCGGACAGUGUUACCAAAUACAGUAGUACACUAGACGUCCCUAGCUACAUACCGGAUACUAACGAGUACAUAGACAGGGAACUCUAUCUAUAUGUUAUAACGUACCCUGAAAACAAGUACAUGUAUGUUGACAACCGGCAAACGAUAAACUCGGGUACAACUCGUAUUAUCAUCCGGGAUAAAGAUGGCGAGUUUGUGGACCUGUACAGUCAAGAAGACCAACUACAGAUGGUUGUUGAUGAUGGAGAUGUUUUGAAUGACAAGUCGUAUUGGACAGACAUAGUUAACGACACCACAAAUGAUGAUUUUGCUCUCAAUGCUACAUUCUACAACAAUAUGGACGGCGCCUUAAUGAACGUCGAUAUUAAAAGCAUAGCCCCGUGUAAUGUCACCGGAUUUAAUGCAAGCGCAGAGAGUGACCAAGAUCUCCUUCUCGAGCUCCAACUUGAGGCAGGGUCUAAAAUAACAACAUUAAAGCAACCAUCGAAUCUAAAAAUAAGCUACCGUAACCAAUCUUUGAGAAUCGUUUUCUUACCGCCAGACAUAGGAGAUAUGGCUUCAUUAGAUAUGUUCUUCAAAUGUGAAGAGUGUAUGUAUGGCCAGAUGUCAUUCCUUAUUGUUCUGUCCAAUAAAGUGACUAGCAACGAUUUAAAUAUCGCCAUUGCGUUCGUUAGGGGAAUGAUUAGCCUCCUCGAUCUUGACUUUACACUCCAUGUAUUUGGGACGUCUAUGCAGACAGUUUUCACAUUUGAUGACCAUGUUAACAGCUCAUCAGAAGUCAGUACACACUAUCAAUCGGCAGGAAUAUCAACGACCGGUGUUGACGACGCUAAUCUCGAUUGGGCACUGAACAGUAUGAGGUCAUAUUUAUUGAAUUAUGCUAAUUGGUCAAAAAGACAGUAUGUAGUUUUAUUAACUGAUGGCAAUUUCAAUGUGAACGACAAAAUGGAUAAUGUGAAUGUUGAGGUUGAUGGACUCCGUAAUCUUCACGUCAGUAUUAUUGGGGUGGAAUAUGGGGCUCAUUCAGAGUCCAUAUUUAACAUCCAUACUGUAGUGAACAGUGCACCGGAAUGGCAUGUCUAUACGUUAGGCAGAAAUGCAAGUAUAGCAAUCCCCACAUCGUCAUUGGUUCAGCUUAUGGGCAGUGUUUGUUACGGCAAUUUAUCAACGAGAGUUUAUAAUAAAAUGCGAUUCGGACGUGUAUCAGCAUUGGUCCUUGACGACAUAACAAAUAGGUGGGAGAGAUCGAAGGACAUCAAGAUGAAGGAUAUUUCCAUGGAUACAGCAACGGUCACUUUUCAGAGUAAUUUCCUUGGUACGUUUGGAUCGAAUGUUUUCAUUGUCCCUCCAGAUCUGAUCAACUUCGACGAACUGUUCGUGGAUUUUGCUGAUAAGGUUGCUGAUACCCCGUAUGUUCUUGCUGUCAACAUAACCUGUCUAGUUGUACUGGUUUUGUUGAUAGUUAUCCUACGACGCUACGAUAAGAAGGAUUGUAUUGCGUGGGACUACCAGCCACUUACGGACAACGCCUCUAGUGAUAAGUAUUCCUACUUUCUGUCGUUCUACACGGGGUUCUGGUCCAGCCGACAACUCUCCUCUACACCCUAUGUCAUUCUCAAAGGGUCGCGAGGUGCCACCUCCAUACGACUAUUAUCUGAUAUGAAAAGGGGGAUGUUUCCGCGCUGGACACUGCGGAAUUUUCUGCUGACGACUAGUAGAAAUCUAGGAACACUAUGUCAGAUAGAAAUUGGAUACGAGGGAAAUGGCGAUUCACCUGGAUGGUUCCUAGAAAAACUCCUAGUUUAUGACAGCUUUAACAAUGAAAAAAACAUAUUCCUUUGUGGGAAAUGGCUGUCACCAGUUAGAGGUGAUCGUAAAACAAGUCGAAAACUGUGUACAGCUCGAAGUGAAUUAACAGAAGGAAGUGUCUUGUUUGGCAGCAACACUAGAUUUAAUCUAUUUGACGACUUUCUGUUUUUGUCGUUAUUCAGUCGACCGUCUCAAAGCAGAUUCACAAGGGUACAACGAUGUGUUUCAAUAUUCGCAAUGCUAUUUUUGUCUAUGUUAGCAAAUGCUAUGUGGUACAGAACAUCAAACGGAGUCCAGACGUAUGGAAUACAUUUGGGUCCUUUCCAUCUGAACUAUAAGCAAAUUUACGUUGGCCUGAUGUCAAGCGUGAUCACAAUUAUUCCCGGAUUUUUAAUGGCUUGGACAUUCCGGAAUCGUCGCCGAAAGACCGAACUUAUUACCACAAAGAUAGUAAAUGACGGUUAUCUGCCCUGGUGGAGCGUGAUCGUCGGUUAUGUUGUCGCUGUGAUGUGUAUUAUUGCUGGUGCAACAUUUACAUUCUUCUACAGUUUACAGUGGGGACCAGAGACGACUGUCGAUUGGCUGAUGUCAUUCUCCAUGGGAACUCUCCAGGGUGUUAUGUUCCUAGAACCAUUAAAGGUUGUGUUUCUGACGCUUAUGAUAGCAUUUCUUUGUAAGAAGUAUGCUAAGCGCGACAUGGAAGAGAUGGCAACUGUACAAAUGAAAUCCCAUGCUAUAGACUAUUCUAUAGACGAUCAAUCGGGCGAAAAAAACAAUCUCAAAAACAUAAAUAAUGACCAAUUUACUGCUGAUCAGUUACUUAUGGACAUCACUGACAGAAAAAGACAAGAAAGGUUACAUAGAAAUAUUUUACUGGAUGGAAAACUACUAACCCUAUUCAGAUCGCUAUGGAUCAAAUCAUGUUAUAUAUUGGUUUUGGCAAUUAUCUGCGCCCAUAAUUCCGUCUGGACGUCAUUUCUACAAAACAGAGCUUUGGAAAAUCUUCUCAGCCCUACUCAGAAAAUAAAUUCUACUGCUGAUAUUUGGACCUGGUUGAGAGGAAAAUACGCAGAUCGAGUCUUUCCAAAAUUAUAUUAUAAUGGCGACUUCAGAUUGACAACAGAGCGUCAAUACAUGUUUGAUGACAUUAGUUACCGCAUUGGUGUGACGAGGAUCCGACAAGUGCGCGUGAAAGGCAGAUGUCACAUUCCCGGUCUACUGAAUCCACUGAUACCUAUUUGUCCACCUAGCUAUACCAGAGACACAAUGGACAUGGCUAAUUACUGUACAGGUUGGAUAAAAAGGAACGACAAAAAAUGUAAGGAAACGGAAUGGAUAUAUAGGACGGAUGAUGAAACAAACGCCUUCCAAAUAGCGGGAUUGCACCAUGUUUAUAAUGGAGGGGGUUACGUUAAGAUACUUGACCCCGGACCAAACACCACAGAUGUCCGAAAUGACCUUUAUUCUAUGCAAGCAAAUAACUGGAUCGACACGUUCUCGCGAUUGGUUGUAAUAGAAUCCCUGCUUUUCAAUCCGGAUUCACAACUGUUUUCUUUGCCUAAAAUAACGAUAGAAAAACCAGAAACUGGAGGUUAUUAUACCGAGAUCAAGGUAAGAACCGCGAGACUGUACCCCUACAUAGAUGUGUUCGAUUUCUUCGUACUGGGGCUUCAGGUAAUAUUCCUAAUCGUUACGUUUGGUCGAUUUCUACACUUCUUUUACACUUCAUGGAAGCUUGGGAAACACUGUUGUACAACGACUGCACAAUGGGUGUAUCUACUGAGUGUCGUGACGUCAUUGGCAUGUAUAGUGUUUUAUAUAGUUCGCAUAGACAGAACUAUAUACACUAUAGAAGAAAUCCAAAAUUCAACUGGUAAAUUUGUCUCCCUGGAUCUGCUCGAUCUUAUGGAUACAGCAUACAAAAUGUGUAUUAGCCUUGAACUCUUCAUAGCAGUGAUUGACCUUCUAACACCUUUGACCUUUAACCAAAGUCUAUAUUUGAUGAGGACUUCGAUAUCGUUUUGUGGUAAAGACCUGGUGUAUUUGGGUAUAGCAUCUAUGAUACCGAUGACAGCAUUUGCGAUUCUGUGUUAUUGCUACAUCGGACCACAUCGUGCUGAGUUCAAAGACAUAGGCUCGUCAUAUAUCACCUUAUUCCGUACCCUACUGGCUAUGGUCAAAGUCCAAGACACUUUUGAUGCAGAUGACAUCCUCUCCGGUUUAAUAUUUUCUAUGUUUUUACUUUUGAUGACCAUAAUUACUGUCAAUCUCUGCAUUUGUAUAUUGAAUGCUGCCCUAUCGCACGUUAAAGACAAUUGCCUUGAGUCGACGGAAUUUAAGGCAUAUGACAAAGAUCUUCAAAAACAUUUUUGGCGUAAAAUUAACAACACGUUUAAAAUGUUUCAACAACAAAAAAGGGAUAACACGGACAAGCUGGAUACAGUUUCAGACACCACACGUAUUUGGGAAAUGGGCAUAAAGCUGGACAAUCAGAUCUUUAAAAUCCUUGGACAUUUGGAACAGGCCUUUGAAGACGAAGCGGAGGAUCUAGAGGCUUACACAAAAUUGCAUCAAAUCACAACUAAAACAGACUGAUCUUCUGCACACAUUCCUAAUUCAAUUACCCGUAUGCCCAGGAAUGACAGCUUACGUGUCUAAGGAUGUCACAAAGAGGACAAUCAAUAAUCGUGGACAUUGACAGAACUCCACGACACAAAAGAAAUAUAUAUAUAUAUAUCCAAGAGCUGUACAAACCAUUUCUACCAAAACAUGGAACAAAGGGAUAUGUUUACGUGGAUAUUGUGCAUAAAAGUAAAAUAGACGCAAUAAUAAGUAUCACUGAAAAAUCGUUAGUACAUAUGAUAUAAAUGUACUGUACUGAGUAAACAAUGUUUACGUUGUGUAAUCAAAUAUCAAUAAAAAAAGGCUUUUGUUACUUUUGUGUCGCUGGUUUACAAUAACACAGCGCUUACAUACAAUAUCAAACACACGAAAAAGUUCCUAUUGUCAUUUGAUGUGACAACUUAUCAAACGGGUCUACAAUUAAGUAACCAAGCUUUAUAUACAACAUUUAAGAACAAAUGACAAUACAUUUGUCAAACAAGGACAUACGUUAUAUACAGUUAUUGAAUUAAUCAGAAGUACAUAACUAGCUGAGCUAAUUCUGUAAUAUUUGAAUGGUUGGUAAGACGCAAUUGGUGUAUCGAUUGACAGUCAUGGCUGAAGUACCUCUGUACUAAGUGUUUAUGGAAGGACAGGGUACACAUGUAAAGGAGGAGUGUUAAAUUGCUUUAUUUGUGUAUAUAAGUACAUUGAGAUUAGGUGCUUAUGAUAUGGCAUGUACUUAAUGUAGGGUCAAAGACCGUUUCCAGUUAUGAGGGGGUUAAGUGGAGGCAAUUUCCUGUUUGGUACAAUUUUGACGAAACAUGCUUUUGUAAUAUUUCUUCAUAAUUAUGAUGCUUUGAUAUGUUGACAAUAAGACCACUUCAUUUAACAUUUAAAAGUCGAACUCUUGUUUUGGUCGAGUUCAGAACUGUUUUUAGGGCAAUUUAAAUGAUUGAAAUAUUUUGCAAUAAAAAUGUUUG